GUGCAACAAUGAUUACAAUUGACUUUUACAUCCACCAACCGUUUGAAACAGGGUUCAGUUACAACGUCUCUACGAAAGGUCUCCUGGAUCUGGAGACUAGCAACAUUGUACCUAUGGACUCUGAUAACCAAGGAAGUAACACUUGUAUUCCAGGGGUAUUUGCGAGCCAGAAUCCCGAGUCCACUGCCAACAGCACUGAUAUAGCGGCGAUACAUUUCCGUAAUUAUCUCCAGGCGUGGACAGUAAGCUUCAGCAAGCAUGAUACUGGAGACAGUUCGACUAGUAUCUGGACGGAAUCCUAUGGUGGCCGGUAUGGGCCAAGCUUUUCUGCCUUUAUCCACGAGCAGAAUAUUCGUAUCAAAGACGGUUCUUUGACUGAUGUUGAGACUCUGAACCUCACAACGCUUGGCAUCAUAAAUGGAUGUGUCGAUUUACUCGUCCAGGAAACGUCUGCCCCAGAAUUUGCCCACGACGGGAAUUCUUACAAUAUUGCCGGUAUCACUGACGGCAAAUUUUCAAAUGUUACUGAUGCAUACUGACGUGAAGGAGGUUGUAAGGACAGAAUUGACAACUGUCUUAGCCGUGCGAAAGAUUUGGAUCCGGGCAUGUACGGUAACGUUACUGAGGU